AUGAUUUGUUUAAGAGUUCCAUUUAGUCAUCUUCUUUUAACUGUGAUUGUAUUCUCCUGCAUUGUUUCCAUUGCCAUUGGUGAGGAUGAGUUGAAAUGCUUGCAAGGUGUGAAGAACUCACUCAGUGAUCCUCAAGGUAAACUCCGCUCAUGGUCUUUCACCAACACCUCGGCCGGCUCUCUCUGCAGUUACACCGGUGUAUCAUGUUGGAAUGAGAACCGUUUGAUUAGUCUCGAGCUUCGCGACAUGAAGCUCGCCGGCGACAUUCCAGAGGCUCUGCAAUACUGUCAUAAUUUGCAAUCUCUGGAUCUCUCAGGUAACCAACUCACUAGUUCUAUCCCUGCACAUAUCUGUACUUGGUGGCCUUAUCUAGUAACUAUUGAUUUGUCUGAUAACCAACUCACUGGUUCGAUUUCGGCUGAUCUUGUUAAUUGUUCAUAUUUGAACAAUCUUAUUUUGUCAAACAACAAAUUAUCUGGUACUAUACCUUAUCAAUUUUCUGGAAUGCAACGAUUUAAAGAAGUUUACCGCAUGAUACCGUCAUUCCUUUAUUCUUUUAAUUCAACGAAUUUUGUUGGGAAUGAUGGACUUUGUGGCUGGCCGCUUGGGAUUUGUGGUGGUGGUGGUUUUAGCAAAAAAGAUCUUGCAAGUAUAAUCGCUGCCGGUGUUUCUGGUGUAGUGGCGUCCAUGUUGCUUUUAGCUAUUACCUUCUCUACACUAUAUGUCCGUGAUAGCUUUUUAUUGGAUGGACCUGUAUCAAGUUAUUACAAGUAG